AUGCCGAUAACCAUUCUGGACGGACUGCUCUUGGCCAUCAUGUUCAUUUCGGCGGUGCUUGCCAUGAUCCGGGGAUUUGUCCGCGAAGUCCUUUCGAUCGUCUCCUGGGUUGCAGCGGCGGCCGCGGCCUUUCUGCUCUAUGAACGGGUCUUGCCCUACGCGAAACAGUACAUAACUCAUGAUCUGGUAGCUGCCGGCGCUUCGGCCGCAGCUGUGUUUCUGGUGACACUGGUCAUUGUCAGCUAUAUUACGAUGCGGAUUUCGGAUUUUGUGCUGGACAGCCGGAUCGGUGCGCUGGACCGCACACUCGGCUUUGUGUUCGGCGCUGUACGUGGCCUUUUGUUGCUCGUGGUGGCGAUGAUGUUCUUCAACUGGUUCGUCCAGCCUGAUCAGCAGCCGGAAUGGGUCCUGGACGCAAAGUCGAGACCUAUCCUGCUUUCGAUUGGCGAGCGCCUUGUCGCCGUCCUGCCGGAGGAUCCGGAAAAGGCGAUCCUGGACAGAAUACGCGAUGCUGAUCUGACGGGUAACAACGCCGGAGCACCAUCCGAGGAGCCUGAAUACAGCGAAACCGAGCGUCAGGGCCUGGAUCAGCUGACGAGCGACAACAACUGACGCCGACAGAAGCGAAGACCUAUCCGCACCGGCAGAUCGCAUUACCGCGUGCCAAACGACAAUGCUGCUUUCGCGAGGAAGCAGGCCAAUUCAAAGUCUCGGGCCGCAAUCUCUGUCGGCCGAAAAGAGGAGUGUUCGCCAUGACUGGCGGAACGGAAGUGGA